UUUUAAUAAAAUGUGUAUUAAUUAUUGCAACGAAUUUCGGCUUAAAUUUAGCUCAAGAAUCAAUCGAAGUGGACUCCAUAAAGCUAUCAUCAAUGGGUCGGGUCAAACAUAUUGGGGACUUCUAUAACGCCCGCACCGAUAGCUUCAAUAAUAUCAAUCUAUUUAAGCAACAAAUUCCUGAAUCUGUGCUCCUUAUCGAUGAAACUCCUUUCACUGACCUCAAGUACACGUGCGCUACAAACAUGAAUGACAAGUUUGACCAUGUUAAUGUACAGGCACAAUUGAAACUUAGUUUUAUAGGCGGGUUGGUUACGGUUGAAGGUUCUGCUAAAUAUUUAAAAGAUGAGAAAAAAAGUAGCAAAAGUGCCAGACUUUCAGUUAUACAAUCCGUCAAAACCCGUUACGAGUCUAUAAACAUAUUGGACGUCUCAUUCAAAGAUAUAAUCAAUUUGGAUGCCCUGAAAGUCAUCGAUGUAACUCAUAUAGUGGUUGGCGUACAAUAUGGCGGGAGAGUAAUCGCGACGUUUGAAGACAACAAUGAGUUAGAAGAAAGUAAGAUAAGUAUUGAAGGCAAUCUUAAGGCACAGAUUAAAGGUAUAGCUGAUCAGUUGGCAGCGGCAUCGGGUGCCGCUGGUGCUGGUAUACAAAGCAUAAAUGCAUCAAAUGUGGCCAAGUUUAGUUUGGAAAUUUUUGGUGAUAUAUUACCCAAAAGCUUACCGCAAACUAUUCCGCAAGCGAUGCAUUUAAUUCAAAUGUUGCCAACAAUGCUGACUGCGGCCAACAAUGGUAUCGGCAGACAAAUUGAGUACACAUUGAUAUCUAUUGAUAUUUUGAAACAUUUGUGGAAACUGGAGAUGAAAGCCAACACUUUUGUGAACAAUAUUGACAAUGAAGUGAUCGACAGAUGUAUACAACUGUUUGACGAUAUGAAUGAUAUUCAGCAACAACUUAACGAUUAUAAUGAAUACUUUCAAAGACAACAACAAUAUAUCGGCAAUCAAUUGAUUAAUGAUAUGAAAAACUUGAAACAAAACUAUGACUACUAUCGGACAAACAAAACAAAGACUUUAAAUACUUUUCUCCGCAAAGUUAAGGCCGGCAAUGAAACUGCAGAUAAAUUGAUAGACGUUUUAUUAGAUGAUAUCAACAGUACCUACUCAUUAGAGUCAAUGAAAUCAGCAAUAAAUAGGUUAAAACAAUAUAAGCAACAAAAGGUAAUCGUCGAUAUGGUCUAUAAUGUCAGUGCCCUACAGGUCAUCACCAAAGAGACAAAUGUUUUGGAUAUAUUGAUACAAAGCGAGAAAAAAGAUGUUUAUGUCCUAUACUAUAGUUGGUACUAUAGAUCUCAGCACAGCAUCAAUGCUAUCAAUGCAUUUAAAAUGUUUAUCAAUGAGACGGAUGUUGGCGAUAACCGGUCAUCAAAAUACUACUUUGCCGUCAAUUAUGAGAUCAUGGAGUCGAUGGACAACACGUUUAUACAUUCAAAUCAAACAGAUUAUACACCACAAGUGGGACACUUUAGAAAUGGUCAACUCGUUAGACUUAUAUCACCAUUUAAUAUAAAUUCCGGCUAUAUAUUUGUUUGUGAUAGUUAUUAUUCAAAUGAAUGUGAAAAAUAUAAUAUUCAUACCAAUGUCUGGCAAUCAAUUGCAUCCAUGUCCACUAAACGAUAUAUGUUUAAUUUGGUUACAUUCAAUCAAAAACUCUACGCUAUUGGUGGUGGGAGUCCGGACACUUCGACAAAUUUUGUUGAAAUCUAUGACCCGCUUAUUGAUCAAUGGAUGCAAGUUUCGACACUCAAUCAAAAAAGAUUUUUAUCUGCUUCGUCGACAACAAACAAAACAAUCUAUGUUUGCGGCGGUUUAGAUGAAAAUGAAAGUCCAUUGGAUUCGUGUGAAUAUUAUGAUUACCGAAACAAUGUAUGGAUAACAGCAACUACACCGAUGUUGACACCGCGCGACAGCUUUGUAAUGGUAUCUAAUGAAAAGUAUAUCUACGUUAUGGGCGGUCGGGAUAAUGACACUGGAAAUACAUUGGACCGGUUUGAUUACCACAACAACAAUUGGACACAAAUGGAUAAUAUGUCAUACGCUAAAUUUCAAUUUGGAGGUGUCUUAUUUGAAAAUUAUAUCUAUGUGUGCGGUGGACGUGAUAAUGAUGGCAAUUAUUUUGAUAAUUGUGAAAAAUAUGACAUAACAAACAACUUGUGGUCACCAAUGGCAUCAAUGAAUAACAAAAGAUCUUGUUUUCAACUUGUUGUUUAUGCUAAUCAUAUCUAUGCCAUUGGAAGUUAUGAUUAUUCUGACAAAACUAUUGAGCUUUAUGAUAUCGAUACGGACAAAUGGAAGUACCAUACCACAAUUUUAUAUUAUCAAUAUGCUACAGUGGUAAAUUAA